AUGGCUCCCGCUAACAAGAAAGCUGCCGCCAAGGGCUCCAAGCAGGCCAACGCCGCUGCCAAGGCCGCCCUCAAGGGUACUCACUCCUCCAAGACCCGCAAGGUCCGCCAGACUACCUCUUUCCACCGCCCCAAGACUCUGGUCCUGUCCCGCGCUCCUCGCUACCCCCGCAAGGCCAUCAACCACCUGCCCCGUCUCGAUGAGCACAAGAUCAUCAUCCACCCUCUCAACACCGAGAGCGCCAUGAAGAAGAUGGAGGAGAACAACACCCUCGUCUUCAUUGUCGACGUCAAGGCCAACAAGGCCCAGAUCAAGCUGGCCCUCAAGAAGCUCUACGACAUUGACACCGUCAAGAUCAACACCCUGAUCCGCCCUGACGGCUCCAAGAAGGCCUACGCCCGCCUGACCCCCGAUGUCGAUGCCCUCGACAUUGCCGCCAACAAGCUCUCUCUGGUCUAA